CCGCGUUGUAGAACACAUCCCAUCCUCUCUCAAUUCACCUUUGGACUGACCAGGAGACUCGACACGAUGUCUGAACAGCCCAGCAGGAUCGUGAUAUAUUGUGACGGGACUGGCAAUUCGGAAUACCAACAAGGCAAUCGAUUGACAAACGUAUCACGGAUCAAGAGUUACGUCAAAGCCACCACCAGCGAUAACACCCGUCAAUCAACUUUCUAUGUCCGAGGGAUUGGCACAGAAGGCUUCCUCACGGAUAAACUGCACCAGGCCAAUGCCAAAGGUAUCGAAGACAGGAUCAAAGAAGGCUACACCAUCAUUCGCGACAACUAUAGCCACGACAAUGGCGAUCAGAUAAUCCUUCUGGGAUUCUCCAGGGGUGCAUUCAUUAUGAGAUGUGUGGCUGAUAUGGUCGGCAGAAUCGGGGUGCUCACAAAAGCUGCCGACCGUCUUGCCGACCAUCUUGUGGACCUCGUCUUUGAAAAAUGGAAAGCAAGCAACGGGAGCCUGUACCCACUACAUGAUCCCGACUUAGUGCAAGUUGACUUUGAAGAUACUCCCAACAACGGUGAUGAGCAAGUUGCUGCCUUAGAAGUUCUUCCAAGCCUGGAUGUGGAUCGAAAUGAUAAGGACGCCCUUUUCACAUUUUUGUUGCGACACAGCGCGUAUCUACGCCGCGACGUUCACAUCAAGGUCUGCGCGCUCUUGGAUACAGUUGCGGCAAUCAAUACGCCCCUUUCUGGAAUCCAGCCAAUACGGGUUCCCGGCGAGUUCGCCUUUGUCAACUCGGAACUGGGUAACGAAAUCGAAAAUGCGAUACACGCACUUUCCCUCCACGAACGCCGUAGGCCUUUUCUGCCGCUUGUCUGGAGGAUAUCUGAUACCGGCGAAACUCUUAUAAACAAGAGUCGACGUUUACAACAGUGCUGGUUUGUAGGAUACCACAGCGAUAUUGGUGGCGGACGCAAGUUCCAGGGCCUUAGUCAUAUUUCACUCGCGUGGAUGAUCGCAAGGCUUCAACCUUUUCUGGAGUUUGAAGUCGCCAAUUUUUCUAAUCCUCUACCAACAAAGUCAAGCUGGAAAUUCCAUGAAGAACCUGACAGUGGUGAAUCAUCUAUCGUACGUCCCAAAAUCAUUGGGUCUGACUCGAUGACACCAAUAUUUCGUAUAGCAGGAAAGAAACACCGGAAACCACGUCGGCAUUUCUGGACAACAACAGCCUUCGAAUACCUCAAAGAGCCAAAUGUCAACACAGGUAACUCCAAGGAGACCAUCCACUGGACGGUCAGUGUCAUAACUGGUGUGAAGUGGUACCCGUCAUGUAAAGCACUCACGUCAGCCUUCCCGGGGGUAGGCUCGAUCGCAAAUUGCAGAUGUGAACAGGACAACAAGAGGCACCGGCGACACUGGACACUCCAACUGAAAUCCCCAGCCAUUCCAAACUACCGCGUCUGCGAAGAGACGGCCUUGGAGGCGGAUCCGAAUCAGGGGGUUGAUAGGUGGCUGGAGUUGAGGCUGCUGUUGAAGUGGCUCUCGUCCGAACUAAAAGCCCUCCAAAGGGACAGCAAAGAAGGGGACCCAGAUCCGCGGACCUGCAUGGUCGAGGUGGCGGAUGCCAUAAUCAGGCAAUUUCAAGGAACGGUGAGAGGAAUCUAG